AAGAAGAGAGGAAAGUGAGAUUCACCAGUUGGGGGUUCGGUUUCCAUGGAUGAGCUGCGCUUAUAUUAGAUGACUUGUCUGCCAAAACAAAUCACAGAGAUAUUGAGAUUUCAAGCGUUUUGAGAAGAAAAAAAAGAUGGAGAAGGGAAAGAGAACUACGAGCUACGGCGAUUUGGGCAUAGACAUAGCCGGGAGCUUCUUCAAGUCGAUAGAGGGAGUUGGACCCCUUUCACCCAGCACACGAAACACAAAGGUCACUGUUGUGGGCGUCGGAAAUGUAGGCAUGGCGGUCGCCCAAACCAUUCUCACACAGGAGCUAACAAACGAGCUAGUGUUAAUAGACGUGCAGGCCGAAAAGCUAAGGGGGGAGAUGCUGGACCUGCAGCACGCCGCCGCCUUUCUCCCUCGCACAAAGAUCAUGGCCGACACCGACUAUGCCGUCUCAGCUGGGUCGGACCUCUGUAUUAUCACAGCAGGGGCUCGCCAGCGAGAUGGGGAGUCCAGGCUGGCACUGGUCGAGCGCAACCUCCACCUGUUCAAAAGCAUUGUUCCCCAGGUCGUCAAAUACAGCCCCAAUGCCAUUCUCCUGGUCGUGUCGAACCCGGUCGAUGUUUUGACUUAUAUUACCUGGAAGCUUUCUGGAUUCCCGGCGAAUAGAGUGAUCGGGAGCGGCACAAAUCUGGAUACUUCGCGCUUCCAAUUCAUGAUCGCCGACCACCUGGAUGUGAACGCGCAGGAUGUGCAGGCGUACAUGAUCGGCGAGCAUGGUGAUAGCUCUGUGGCGCUCUGGUCCUCCAUUAGUGUUGGAGGGAUGCCCGUGCUGAGCUUCCUGGAUAAGAAUCAGAUUCCCUAUGAGAAGCACCAUCUUGAGGCCAUUCAUCACACUGUUGUUAAUAGUGCGUAUGAGGUCAUUAAACUUAAGGGAUAUACUUCCUGGGCUAUUGGGUACUCCGCGGCUAACUUGGCCAAGAGUUUGUUGCGUAAUCAGAGAAGGAUCCACCCGGUUUCUGUUCUGGCGAAGGGCUUUCAUGGAAUUGAAGAAGAGGUUUUUCUUAGCCUACCUGCACAGCUUGGAAGAGGUGGUGUGCUUGGCGUUGUUAAUAUCCAUUUGACAGAGGAGGAGAGCCAGAGUCUCAUGAAGUCCGCCCGGGCCAUUCUCGACGUUCAACAGCGCCUUACUAUUUGAAAGUUUCUAUGUAGACUUUUAUUUUGGUAGAAAUAGCCGAGGAAAAUUCUUCAGUAGGCCUUUUUGUUGGACAUUUUAGCUGUAAUUUUUAUUUUAUUUUGUUAAGUUUUUGCCGCUUACCCACACCUCUAUGGAUCAAUGUUCACCUUACAGUUAUAGCAUUUGUUUUCCAGGUGUACGGUGAACAAAAUUAUACUUCGAAGGCUUCCUAUUUUGAGACUGUUA